UUCUUGUUGGUCCCUUGCCUUGUGGCAGGAAGGAAACAGAAAUCAAGGGGAAGUGUUGUGGCGGAGCUCUAGAGAGCGCUUACGUGGUGAACCUGCGAGACCACGCUCAACCGUUGGGCUCUCGAAAAGCAAAACACAAACAAGCUUCGGGAUAGGUAGAAAGAGAGAAUGAUGAAGCUCUGGAUGCUCGCUUUCCUCUCCUGUUUCCUCGUUCCGGCCUCUGCCCGUGAUGCGAAGGCCCGCAGGCAUCCUCGACAGGUGCACGUGCUAGAGACGGCCCGUCAUUGCCCAGACCCAGGUCUGCUCGCCUGGCCUCAUCCGACUGCCUGCGACCAGUACACCCGCUGCGAGAACGGCACAGUCACCGAGGAAGUCUGCCCUAAUGGACUACUUUUCAAGCCUGAGGGAGGCAUUUACGAUUUCUGUGACUACAAUUGGAGGGUCGACUGUGCCGGAACGAAGCCUGGCCCAGUUCCAUCUCCUGACUGCCCUUGGCAAUUCGGUGUUUUCCCAAGUAGCAACUGCGUGCAAUACUUCAAGUGCGAGUUCGGCGCUGCGAACUUGACCGACUGCGGUGCUGGCCUGGCUUAUGACGAUGCCACCCAUUCCUGCAACUGGCCAGACCUCGUCGAUGGAUGCGAUUCUGAAGCCAUUGUCGGUUUCCGCUGCCCGGACCACGCUACCGGUCUGUCGGGCAAGUUCUACCCUUACCCUCGCUACCCUCACCCCGGAGACUGCACCAAGCUGAUUACCUGCGUUCACGACUUGCCAAGGCUCAUCAGUUGCGGUCCUGGAUCAGCAUUCAGUCUUAACAGCUACACUUGCGAAGACGCUCGUGAUGUCCCCGACUGCCACGCCGCCCAACUCCUGAAGAAGUGAACAACGAAAUAUUUCAACGGCGCAGUAUUACAGUAAUUAGCGAAGAGAGCAAACCUACGGCACCUACGCGAAAAACGAAGCACACGGAAACAAUGAAUCGCUGAGCUUAUCGUCAGCCUGCCAUCCUUAUACUGCGCCUUGGGCAGCUAAAUUCUGUACGUUUACGUCGAGCGAAGUAUUUGUAAAUCAAAUAAACGUCAAAUGAAGCGAU